AUGCACGAGCGCUUUACACGCGAAGAGACCCGUCUGAAAAUUUCAGACAGAUCGUUUCGGCUAUUGGCUAAGAGUAAGGGUGAUCUUUUUCCCCCUACGUAUUGCAGGUCAGCAAGAGUACAGCUCGCAACGCGUCACCCUAACCGACGGUGUUCUCCUCGCCCGUCUGGAAACGGCCAUGCUCGUCGCGUUCAUCGCAAAUUUAGGAAUUACGUCGAGAAGAAAGAGAGAGCCAAAGAGCUGGACAGGAAACGAUAUAAGGAAAUGCUGCGAAUAAAAAGAGAGAAAAAAUUGGAGGAAGAGCAAAAAGCAGCGGUAGCGGCGGUGGCGACGUUCGAGAUGGCCGUCGCCUCGACUAGUCGCGUCGAAGACUGAAACUAAUCGUUCUGCGACUUUUAUUUAGAGGCGAUAUCGAUUCCUUG